AUGACGCCGCGGCGACUGUCAAGGAUUUUCAGGGUAGAAGUUCCUGGAGCAAGGGGCUACUCUGCCUGCACUGCCUUCAAAAAACCUGACAAAGAGUUCUUCCUGGACCUGAAAGAUGAAGGUGGUCUCCGGCAUCGAUGUCUCCAGUGGGGACAUGAAGCAGCACAGGGUCCUUUAGUGCUCUGUCUUCAUGCUGCAAGCCUUUGCAGCGGGGUGUGGGCGCCGCUAGCAAGCCGCUUAUCGCCAGAGUCUGUAGUGGUGGCUUGUGACCUGCGAGGUCAUGGCAGAUCAGAUGCACCCAGUGGGCGAGCACACUAUUCCUGGCACGCCUUCGGGGAGGACUUCGUCCGAUUGCUGCACUCAGUUUCGAAGCUGCAUGGCCGUUACCCGGCUGCCUGCAUCACCCACUCUUUUGCAGGAGACACCGCUCUUAUCGGCUUGGCAGCGAGGCCAACCAGUAUCAAGCUGCUGAUGCUCGAUCCAGUUCUGGCAGACGCCGAGGGUGCCACAACUGGAGCAGAGCGGUUAGCGAAGGGCACAAGACGGCUCGGCGAAAAGGAAGCACUCGGCUUCGAGUCGCAGCAAGCUGUGGGCGAUGGGCUUGAACGGGUUCUUCGUGCUGCGCUGGCACGCCCGUCCCUCCAUCCAGAGGCAAAGGCUGCAUUUGCAGCCUACGGCAGCUACAACGACAAUGGUCGAUGGCGUUUGUUCUGUCGCCGCGAGAACGAGGCCGAGGUAUAUAUGAAUCGCAUCGCACUUGCCGAUUACCUGUCCGAGAAAAAGGUCAGUGCUGAGGCGACAACGGGCUUCUUUCGGUCCAUUUGGUACUUUCGUCCAAGCGCCGCGCCAAACCUGAAGAUCAGGAGAGUGCUCUCUUGCGCGACCAGCAGCAGGCUUAAGUCCCCGACGAUUCUGCCUUGGCGCGAAGGACUGCGGCGAAAUCUGGCCACCUACGGAUCUCUUAUCAGUGCAUGUGGCAACGCGCUCCAGUGGCAGGCAUCCUUGCACUUCCUGGAAGAACUGCAGACAAACAAAUUGGAGCCUGGUCGGAUCGUGCUGAAUCUGUGCAUCAACGCGUGCCGCAAGGCCGAGCAGCUGCAUGCAGCACUGGGCAUUUUCAGCGAAAUGCUCCAAAGGUCAGAGGAACCUGAUGUUUUCUGCUACACCUCCAUGAUCUCUGCAUGUGGUCCGAGUGCUCUCUGGCAGCUGGCCACCUAUCUGCACCAGGAGAAGCUAUCAUCGGCUUCGGACGUAGCUUCCUUCAAUGCUACAAUCGGUGUCUGUCGAGAUGCCAGCCGAUGGCAAGAGGCGCAGAGGAUCUUCUCCGACCUGUGUCAGAGGAAAUUCAUGCCAACACUGCCCACUUAUAAGGCAGUUAUCGGAGCUUGCGCUUAUGCCCAGCUUUGGGCGCAUGCGCUGGAGCAUUUGCGACAGCUCAAGCAGACACAGGAUGCUCCCUGCAGUGAUGUGAUCAUACAGUACGGGAUCGUGUCAAGGGCAUCUGCGGAGGCUGGGAGGAAGGACAUCGAGCAAGCGCUGCUGAAUGAGGCAGGCUUCAUGCAGGGAUGCAGGCGCAGAGGGGCCAAAGGGGGCUUUCUGUGCCUGGGCAUUUCUCCGUUUCUGAAUGGCGCGGGCCCUGGCACCCUGGGCCUGGGCCUCUGGGAAGCUGAAGCACUGCCACAGGUGCUGUCCUUCCUUCACUGGGGUCUAGUCACUCCUGGUUUGGUUAGUUUGUGUUGCCCUGCCCAUUGCUCCGGGUCCCUGCUGUUGCUCCUUGCUUUCUUCUGCUGCGGCUUCAGCCUGGGCCUUGGUGGAGAUCUCCUCCGACUUCUGCUUCAGAUCCUCCUCGGCCGCCACGGUCGCACCACCUGCGGCGUGCUCCGUGCAUGGACAGUGAGGAGGCUGACUUCUCCUUCACUGCGCUGCGGAGGGCGAUUGGCGAUCCACGGCAGCGACUCCGUGCUGCACUCCUUUGGAUCCCGUUCGCAGGAGGCAAAGGUUUACGGCUACGGGGAUGGGACGAUGUCGCUGGUGUUCUGGCGGGAUCUCGUUCUUCCCCGAGACGUUGGACUUGAAGCUGCCCCGGUCGAUCAGUCCCAGAGCUGUGAGGUCCAUCUUUCUCCGAACUUGAGGUUGGAGAUGAUUGUGGCCAUCGUGGAUGUAUUGCUGACGGCAGGACGACAUCCAGAUGCAUGGAGUGUUCUGUUGGCGGCACACGAGGAUGGUGUGUUGAACAUGUGGCAGGAUCCAUGGACACUAGAUUUGCACCAACUUGGCCAACAUGCGCGCAGACUCGCCGGCUGCCUGCAAGGUGCAAUGCUUCUGUCGCGGGCGUCUCUUCAUCAAUUUCGUGCCCGGAAUCAUUUGGUCAUCAUCACUGGACAAGGUUUUCACAGUCUUCAUGGUGUUCCACGUCUGCUGCCAGCCGUGCUGUGUGCGUCCAAACGAAGGGCAGCCAAUCGUCAUUCGGCUUGA